AUCAUAAAAUUACAUCUUUGCAUGGCAGCUGUAAAAGCCAAUAGCAGCCUGCCUUACGGAGUAAACUGGUGUCUUGAAACCAACUUUUACUUUGCUGGGUGCUAGACGGCAUUCUUCAGGGACCAUCCUACAGCGUAGCAACCCCUGCUUAUCGCAGCUAAAAUACCGUUUGAUAACGCUAAAAUUCGCCAAAGGCGCGUCACGUCGGUCUUUCCCCAGAUUUUGCCGCCCCAAAAGUUCUCGAGGAAGCCCAAGGUUGCCCCCGAGACGAAUUCUCUUCAACGCAACCCCACCACAGAUGCGGCUCCGACUAGUGGUGAAGCGGCAUGAUCUGCCGGAUGCGGCGAUCGUGUGGCCAGUGAAUGACGAGGCCAGAGUGAUCGUCUCGCAGCUGCUGGAGCAGGUUAAUGAAAUCAUACCUCUUGAGUCGGAGGGGGAGUGGGGGCUGGAGGAUUAUGCAGUUGAGGUGAGGGGGAGGGAGACGAAUUAUGAGUGUUUGCAUUUUCAGGAUGUGAAGAGCAUUUUGCAUGGGGACGAUGAGGUUAUCAUACGGCCACUUCUCAGUGAUGAUAUUAAGCAGAGGCGAGCUUCGGGGAGGUACCAGAUUACUUCUGAUGGAAUACACCUGUUUGACGGCGCGGUAUUUGGAAGGCCGAGGAGGAGAAUGAUUGAGAGUAGACCUGCGGUCACGAUCAACCCAAGGAAGAGGCGGAGGGUUACAUACACAGACACAGUGGAGGAUGAUCUGGAGGAUGAGGACUCUGACGAAAGCUUUCUCCGGAUUGAAGGAAUCCCGCAAGACGUCGACGAUGGUGGAAAUCAGCAGCUUGUUGUCCGAGCCGAUUUCGACAACGACGACGAGGAUGAAUCCGAAGAUGAUGGCAAUUUCGAAUCCGCUGACGAGGAUAUGGACGAGGAUUUAUCUGUGGACGAAGGCGAACUGGAGGGGGAGCUUGAGGCUCUCAAUGCUGAAUCUGACGAUGACGGAGCUUCAGAUAAGGAGAAUAUCAAACAUGGGUCUAAAAUGGAAGGGGUCCAGACAGGCGACAAGCUUGACCCCAAGUCCCAUAACAUCAUACAGCUCCAAGAAGCGUUUCCGGAUGCGCCUCCGUCGAUAUGCCAGCAAGUGAUGCAAAAUUGCGAUAUGGAUGUUGGUGCGGCUUACGACACUCUGUCGAAGGGAUUUAAGCCUGAAAGGUCGAAGACUGCCGUACGUUCCAGGAUGUGGUCCCCAAAGCAAACCACCAAGGAAUCCCGAUCCUCACAAGUUCAGACGAAGUCUGUUGAGGCCGUGGAGCAAGAGACGGACUUUGUCGCCGAAGAUCAGGAUCAAGUCGACGAUGCAAACGACGAAGAGGACGAAGAAGAGGGUUCCGACGAGGAGGAUGACGGUGGCAUGGCAGGUUAUUACGAUAGCCAUGGCCUGCCUCCAGGGUCAAUCAAUAUUGGCAAAGGUCUUUCUGAUAUUGCCAAAAGCACCUUAGCCCAAGCAACUAAUAUCCCACUCCCACCAAGCCGCCAUUCGGUGCUAAGGAGAUCUGAUUCUCCAAGCAGUAGUAAGAGCGUCAGGUUUGUGGAAGACGCGGCGGUUCUUGUUCACGAUCCAGAUGCUAUAGCACUUGAUGACGAUAGCGAUGAUGAGGAUGAUGAGGAUUUCGAGGUUGCAGGCGAGAGCGAGAGCGAUUCCGGCUCUAGUUCCGACUCCAGCGAUAGUGACGAUGAAAUGGAAAUCUCAGCUGCGCCUACGGUGCCGACAACAGAAGUCGCUGAUGACCUAACUUCUUCAUCGGGUAGCGAUGACACCAGCAGCUCCGAAUCCGAGUCCGAAAGCAGCUCUGGUUCCGACUCUGAGUCUGAGUCUGGCUCUGACUCUGAUUCAGAUUCAGACUCUGAGCCAGAAGUAGCAUCGAGCAAGGCCCCAGUAGAGCCAAAAGCGCCAACAGCAUCCAAACCUGCGUCAAGCUCUACUCAAAAGGAUACUCCGAAAUCUGUUCCCCCUGGCGAAGGGCGAAACUCCACAAAGGCCCGGAAUCAGCGCCGGCGAUCAGGAAAUAUCUUGCAACGCUUCAAGGAGAAAGGGAUACUGCCAGCAGGCGUGACCCUUGCCGAAUUCGGAAAGCUGGAUAUUGACAGCAACACGACCCCUGAAGCCGCUGCUGAGGCAUUAGCCAUUGCUAGAGCUCAGAUUGAAGAGGAGGAGGCAAUGGGUCUGCGUGCUUCUAAGGGGAAGUCUUCGAAAAAGACCAACAAAGAGGCAGAGUUUGAAGCGAGGAGACAGGAAUUGCUCGCUUCUCUGUCUGCUGGUGGAGUUGAUGUUGGAGCUACCCUGUCGCAUGGAAAGGCAGCGGCUAAGGCGCCUAAUAGGGCUGGGUCUAGCCGUUUGGCUGAUCAGUCAACACCUGUGCCCGGAUCGACAGACAAGGACCUUACUUCCUCAGCUUCUGCGAAGAAGAAGUCGAAGAUCGAUGUGGACGCUGGCCGAAGGCUACUUUUUGGCGCCUUGGGCAUCAAGAACCCUAAGACGAAAGCCGAUGAAGAGAACAUCCGCAAUAAACUUAUGAAAGAUGUCAGAAAGGUCAAGGAGCGUGAACCUGAAGUGCCGGUCGCAGCAGAAGAUGAAGAGGAUAUGGACGACGACACCUGGAGAGAGAAAAUAACCCUCAGAGCUGUCGAAUGCUGCCAGGAAGGCAUCGAAUUGAGCGAACCCCCGUUCCCGUUCGUGCAACGCUGGGAUCCUCAGCAGCAGAAUGUCUAUCGGAAAGGCAAGCGCGGCGGUAAGGGUAAGAGAAGCCAGAGGAACCAGUCAGAGUAUUAUGAAGAAGAGCAAGCCUCGGCGAAGAAGCAAAAGCGGAAUCAUGACAGCAACGGCUACGAUGAUUAUACCGAAUAUUCGGAAGAGGGACAAAACUCUGGAGACUUUGAUCAGUACGACGGUGUAGACGGCCAAGCCAAUGAUCAGGUUAUGGAGGAUUCUCAGGGAGUUUAUAGCGAGCCAGCUGAAGAAAAUGACUUGCCAAGCCUUCCUGCCGAUACUUCGAGCCUUACAGAUAUCGAACCGAAGGAUAUGAAGCCAGGAAUGGUAGUCGCCUUCAAGCAGCUCAUCAUGUCCGAGGCAACAAGCUGGCAGCCGGUCAUUUCGGAAUACCGAACUGCAGUUGUCAAUAUCGUUUCCGACAAGAACAAGGUCGAACUGACACUAGCAAUACGAGACCGUGAGUACCCAGAGCGCUACUACAACCAAGAAACUGGCGAGAGAAUUUACGGCAAGUUCGAAAUGCCCGUAGAGGAUGAAGAGGAGGAAGAAGACUUGGAUGAUGGCUUCAGAGCUUUAGGAUUCGCCGAGCUCAUGGAACCAAAACUGCUGCAGGCCGAGCCCGAGAAUAUGAAGAUAGAUGGCCUUCCAGAGGCGGUAUCUAAUAAGGAUUUCUGUGCAGGAUCUACACCUGGUACAAACUGAGGAUGACUCCCCGCCACGCCUUCCGUCGGAGCAACUUCCGGCUAUCCAGCAUUCGGCUCCGGUGGAUGAUGAUAUGGUCGACGUGUCGAUCACUGAGGAGUCUCGGCAGGAGAUAUCUGUUCUUAUGAGGGAAGCUGGGUUUCGAUCAGACAUUCCGUCUUCCAUCCUAAAAAACAGGCCGCAACUUCCCGAUACCCCUGGUGAUAAUUCCGAGCUCAAGCGCCUCGCCCAGUCCAUGAAUGUAUCUCUGAACAAAGCAACAACCCCAGAAGACUCUUCGCAACUAUGCCACGUCGAAGAUGAGAACAAUUCCACGCCCACUCAAUUAAAUUUCUAUCCCAAGAUCUCGAUUCCCUCAUCACUAGCCAGCCAAACCUCCGACCACGGCCAACGACAACCUGAUUUUCCCACUCCUGGUGAAUCAACUCUAGACCGCUUUGGCGACUCCAAUUCCUUUCAGCUCAGCCAGGACGGCUUGUCCCUGGGCCCUGCGCACACGGAAACUCUAGCAGACGAGCCUCAACUUCCGUCUCUACAGCCGAACCAUGCAGCAGCUGCUCCCGAGGCUCCACCGUCCGAACGCGAAUCCUCUGUGCUAGACCUUCCGAGUCUUAGUGAGAUGUUCUCCACGGCGCGCAGUUAUUUUGGUGCGAAACAAGACAAUCUAGAACCCGUCGCUGGCCCAACCUCUACCUCCCUAGGCGCCAACAAAUCCUACGAAGAAGCGAUGGCAAAGCUCGAUGCAGAGUUAGAUGCACGAGCCGACCCAGAUCAGAAUUCCGGUGACAUGACACCCCGAACGCGGUCAGAAGAUCGAUUUGUGUCACAGCUUGUAGAGGACGUACAUCAGCAAUCGAACUCAGCAAACGGCACUACAACAGCGGCAAGGAGUCCGCCCCAAAGCCCCAGUCUACCAAGACUGAAACUCCCCUCCAACAGCAGCCCCUUCGUCCUCCCCUCCGGUUCGCAGCAAAUUGACCUCACCCUCUCAAGCGAUAACGACUUUGACGCAAACGCAGAGAACAACGACGACGACGAUGACGAUGAGUACGACCCCAAUAUGCCGCGUGGGCCGGGGUACGUGCGGAAGCGCAAGAUGAGGCGGCGGACGGGGGGUAGUACGUCGAAUUCCCAGGGAUCGGGGUCGCAGACGUGGACGAGGAGUCAGAGGAGGAGGAGGGCGACGAUGGGGGUUUAGGGGGUGCUUGUAUAGUAGGGUUGUGGAUAUGGGUGGUGCAUGGGAUGGAGGGUUUGGAGAGGUUGUAUGUAUAUUUUGGGAGUUAUGGGUAGCAUGGUGCAUUGGUGACAUUGUGGGUGCGAUGGUAUCUGAACAUAUGGCGCAUGACGCUGUUGAGUUAAUAUGAGGAAGAGAGCCAGCUAUGGAGCAUGGUAAUAAUGAGAUAAUUACCUCUUACCUUCACAUUAUCGCCUAUUGCUCGCCUAUCCAUACCUCCCAUUUGUCUUUUCCAUGUACUCCAUAACGCGAUCUGUGAGGAGCUCGGUAUAGAUCGGUUCCGUACUUGAGUCGGUAGGGAGUCAUGCCAAUGGAUGCGUGGGGGAGUAAUGGAAUACCGUCCACAUCGUAUAUUUGCGCAAAUUAGGCUACAAGACCUGGGAUCUGCAGGGUUCGGACAACAUGAGCAGAGGGGUUUAUAAAAUCUAGAAUCUACGCCGAAAGCAGUUCAGACAGAGUUUAAACGACAUCGUAGAUUUGCGCAAAAGGGGCUAUGAAGCUUGCAAUCUGCGCCAAAACUAACGUAUGCUAAAUGCAUUUGCAAUGCAUUAAUUAGCGCAGGCUUAAUGUAGGUUAAGAAAUAAAGGUCUAUAAAAACUAGGAAG